AUGUCGUCACGUAGCUCUGGGGUGGCCUUAGGGCUCAGUUCCCAGCCCAGCUGCAGCACCCCUCUGCCAGUGCAAAGAAAUUCCUUCCCGGCGCUGCAUCUCUUUCCACCGCGGAGCCGCUCGCUCGCCCUGCUCAGCCAGGAGGAUUUCUUUGAGAGCUUCAAUGGGAGCUUCUGCAGCGUGAGCAAUGUGUUGGGGGCCAAUCUGUCGGACUGCAGCUACUCCAUCCCCGACCCGCAGCUGGUCCGAAGGAUCGUGUCCCAGGUGGAGUUCUACCUCUCCGAUGAGAACCUGGCCAAGGAUGCUUUCCUCCUGAAACACGUCCAGAAGAACAAGAUGGGCUUUGUCAGCAUCAAACUGCUGACGUCCUUCAAGAAGGUGAAAUACCUGACGCGCGACUGGCGGCUCACGCUCUACGCCCUGCGGUUCUCGGAGCUGCUGGAGGUGAACGAGGAGGGCACCAAAGUAAGGCGGCGGGUCCCCAUCCCCGAGUCCCUGCUGAGCAUCCCCCCCAGCAAACUGCUGCUGGCCUGGGAGCUGCUGCCCCAGGAGCAGGACGUGCUGGCGCUGCUCCAGAAGAACUUCCUUGAGACCAUCACGAGGAUGUUCAGCCCCUCCAUCCGCAUCCUGCGGCCGGGCCGCAAGCUGCCCUCGGAUGUGCGGAAGUACACGUCGCGCUUCCCCGAGCUGCUGAGCAGGUGCUGCGCACUGGUGGAGUACGAGAGCCUGGAGAGCGCGCGCAGG